CGUGCAUCCACCAUGUUCAAGAACACUUUCCAGAGCGGGUUCCUCUCCAUCCUCUACUCUAUCGGGUCCAAGCCGCUGCGGAUCUGGGACUCGAAGGUCCGCAAUGGGCACAUCAAGCGGAUCACCGACAAUGACAUCCUGUCGUCGGUCAUCGAGAUCAUCGGCACCAACGUGUCGACCAACUACAUCACCUGCCCGGCGGCCAAGAAACAGACGCUCGGCAUCAAGCUUCCGUUCAUCAUCAUGAUCGUCAAGAACCUCAAGAAGUACUUUACCUUUGAGAUCACCAUCCUUGACGACAAGAACGUGCGCCGGCGGUUCCGGGCGUCUAACUACCAGACGACCACCCGCAUCAAGCCGUUCAUCUGCACCAUGCCCAUGAAGCUCGACGAGGGGUGGAACCAGAUCCAGUUCAACCUUGCAGACUUUUGCCGUCGCGCCUACGGCACAAACUACAUCGAGACGCAGCGGGUCCAGCUCCACGCCAACUGCCGCAUCCGCCGAAUCUACUUUUCCGAUCGCCUGUACUCGGAAGACGAGCUGCCCUCCGACUUUAAGCUCUUCCUGCCGGUUCAGAAGCAGUGAGCAGCGCGUGCUCAUCUGGUCUCCGGCUGUGCACGUCGCCGCACGCUGCUUGUGUGUGCCGUGUGCUUCCUACCCCUCCCCUCGUUUCGCCGGCGGUCGUUGUCGGCGCCGGCCUCUAAAGAAAAGAAGAUCUCAU